GCAGCUGGAGUUAUGAAUUUCACGAAAGGUCUGCCAACAUCGUUAGCUAUGGGAAGUGAACAGCAGUGGGACAAGGAAAAUGCAUGGCCGCCAAUGAUUCACAUGGUCAUUGAGGGCUUCCGUACAACUGGAGAGCCAGAUCUCAUGAAGGGAGCUUUUAUUCUCAUUGAUAACAAUCGUUUUUAUGUUGCCGAAAAAAUGGCUACGUCAUGGCUUUCGGUUACCUAUCAAGCAUUUAUUCGAACGCACGCUAUGUUUGAGAAGUACAAUGUGACAACGCUGACAGAAGAAAUGUCUGCCGGAGGUGGUGGAGAGUAUGAAGUUCAGACAGGAUUUGGCUGGACGAAUGGCGUUAUACUGGACUUGCUCGACAAAUACGGUGAUAAAAUGAAGGAUUCGUCGUCCAUGCCUCGUCUGGUCACAUUAUGUGUAUUAAUAGUAUUCUUCUCUCUCGAAUAG